AAAAAGAGGUUGGCGCCAUAAAGCAUUUCUUCUUUUCGUUUCUCUGACUGGGUAUAAGCUGUAUCGCCAAAAAAAGAGAAGGUUGAGAAUGGAGAACGAUGGGGGAUGUAGUAGCCACAAAAGUCUUUACGAGGUUCUGGGAGUGGGAGCAACAGCAAGUCAACAGGAGAUAAGGAAAGCUUACCACAAGUUGGCUCUCAGGCUUCAUCCUGACAAAAACAAGGACGACCAGGAAGCUAAAGAGAAAUUUCAGCAGCUGCAGAAGGUGAUUUCGAUUCUCGGUGAUGAAGAGAAAAGGGCUGUCUAUGAUCAAACUGGCUCCGUUGACGAUGCUGAUCUUUCGGGAGAUGUGGUUGACAACUUGAGGGACUUCUUCAAGGCAAUGUAUAAGAAGGUCACCGAGGAAGAUAUUGAAGAGUUUGAGGCAAACUACAGGGGCUCUGAGUCUGAGAAGAAUGAUCUGAUUGAGCUCUACACCAAGUUUAAGGGUAAAAUGAGCAGGCUCUUCUGCUCAAUGCUUUGCUCGGACCCCAAGCUUGAUUCACACCGUUUCAAAGAUAUCAUCGAUGAGGCCAUCGCAGCAGGGGAAGUGAAGUCAACCAAAGCUUACAAGAAAUGGGCAAAGGAAAUCUCAGAAACUAAACCUCCCACUAGUCCCCAAAAGAUGAGACAGAAGAAAGCUAAAGCGAGCGCAGAGACGGAUCUCUACGCUCUAAUUUCACAGCGAAGAGAUUCGAGGAAAGAGAAGUUCGAUACAAUGUUCUCAUCACUUGCCUCCAAGUAUGGUAGCAGUAGUGCUGACACAGAAGAGCCAAACGAAGAAGAGUUCGAAGCUGCCAAAAGAAGAGUUGAAAGCCGGGUUUCGUCCAAGAAGUCAAGAAGAAAGUAAAGCUUUUUGGCUGGAGGAGGGGUUUGCAAUCAAAGUAAGUAAGAAGAUGUGUGGUUUGUGAUGGUCAAGAAAGUCUGGAGAAUUUACGUUAUCACAUGUUCGUUUCCUAAGGUUAAAUUUAUGGUAAUGCUAAUGCUAAUGCCUACUCUCUCCUCGUUGCAAUAUUUGAAAGU